AUGAACUGUAGCCGCAGAGAUGGGGAGGGGGCUGCCCUGGCCACGGAGGAGGAGCAGCCGCCAGCCCGCCGGGGCCCUUCCCACCUCUGUGCCCGCCCGCCCGUCGCCCCCCAACACAGCUCCUACCCUCCUUCCUUCGCCCGUUCCCUUCUGCCGCCGUUGAUGGUUCGGGCGGCGCUAGAGACAUCAGGUUCCCAGAGGAGGCAGCACCUGGACCGAAGGUGCACCUGGUGCCCUUGGCUGCGGCACCACAUGUGCUGUGGCUCCCUGCUGGGCCUGCACUGGCCGGUGGAGACCCACGGGGCCCACGUGGGCUUGGCUGCUGCGGAACGCGUCCUGGAUUUGCAGAUGAAGGACGAGGACGACGCCGGCUCAGACCCCCACCCCCGCCACGUGACGGCGGGCCAAUCCUCGGCCCCCUGGAGGCCGGUCGGUGACCAGAGAGAUGAGCCUGAGGACCCGCGCCGGGAGCCAGGCCCACCCACCGGCGCGCCGACCCCGGACGUGUCGCAGCUGAGGCCGAUACCGCUCCCAGCUCAGCCCCUCCUCCGGCCCCGUCCUGUGGCGGUCAAAGAGGCUUCCCUUCCGGCCAGGCCCCGGGGGCAUCGCUCCUCGCCUUGUGGCAGCCGCUGCUGGCAAAGGGGUGGCACCUCACGGGCUGACGAACCUGAGACUGACCCCGGAGACACCAUUCUCAGGUUGGACAGUCCUGGAGGCACCGCCCGGGGGCAGCUGGUGAAGGACACCCACCAUGUCACGGGAGCUUCUGGACCAGCGUGGGAUGGGCUCCCGGCUGUAGCCCCGUCUUCCCAGCUCUCCUCAACUUCUCCCCCAGGCACCUGCCCCCCCACCCCCACCCCUCAGCUUCUGCUGGGCCCGGAGGAGCCCAGAUGCCUGGAAAGGCAGCAUGAGGGCCACCGGAGAGUGUCCUGGGGAUGGGCUCAUCCAUCCCUGGAGGGCCUCACCCACGCCUUCUGCCCCAACUGGAACCCCCCGAUGUGCCCAGAAGCUGUGUGGAUUGUGGUUCCCAGGAAAGCCUUGGACCUUGGAUUCUGGUCCUGUCUCUGGGACUAAGAGGCCCCAAGGCCCAGAGGAAUUGUCCCCUCCUUUCUCUGGCAGCCUGAAGACCCUCCCCCAGCGCCGUUUGCAAGGUGACCUGCUUCUACUCCCUGCCCCCAACAGGACCCAGCAGGAGAUGGGCUCAAGAACCCCCACCCACCCUCCCCCAAGCCCAUGGCCUAGCUUCCCCAAGUUGCCUUGGACGAAGGGACCACAGCCUGAGGGGGCAGGUCCUCUGGUUCAGGCUUCGCGUCUCCCGAUUCUGCCCUAGGCCCCCACUGACCCUCAAGAAGCGGGAGGAACUCGUCCUCCCCCAGAGGCUGGCUGAGUUGGGCAGGGGCAACUGGGCCCUCUCCUUCCAGCCGCGUUGUGCACACGCACACGUGCCUGUGGAUUUGCCGUGUGCUGAUGUGUGUGCGUGGUGUCGAUACGUGGGUGUACGUGUGUGGGUUUGAGUUAUUCUCUGGGAGCUGGUCAGCCCCUAGCUGGACUCUGGGGGGCCCUCCGAGGAAUAACCUAGCCUCUGCCUGGACCCUCAUUAACGGUUUGCCCUAUUUCUGUUCUGGAAAGACCCAGUGUGACCAAAUGGCACGUUCCCAGCCUCACUGCCCCAGGUUACCUCCUAAGCAGGGCCAGGCCAGGUUCCCAGCACAAGGAUGUUUUAGAAUGGGCGAGCGGGGGCCCCAGAACAUGGGGAGGGGGGUCUACUCACCAGCUUGGGCAGAAGCCCCUCCUGCUGACCUCUGGGCCCCAUGUCCGUGCUCUGUCCCUGGUGCCUGGCCACCCCUCGGACAGCCUCCUGCCUUUAUCUGCCUGCCCUUGGCCUGGCCCCCACACAGUGACUUCCUGUCCACGCCCCCGCAAGCUUUUCCAUGACAUGGUCUUUGGGGGGGGGGGGGGGGAACCAAGGAGAUCAGUGAGGCAGGAAAGCGGCAAGAGCCAGCCCUGGAAGAAAGAGGGGGAGGAAGGCUGGGGGUGCCCGGCAGCCCACCCCCAGCAGCCCAAGCAUCUGCGUCCCACACACCCACACCCAGGCCGGCCUGCCACAGACCCACCGUCUGGAGGGGAGCGAGAGAAGCCCACACAUCCUCGAGCCCGGUGGCAACGAAGGCAGGGCCGGAGGUGGGUUUCUGGUCCCACACAGCACGGCCGGCCGCUGAGGCCCCGCCAUCCCUGCUGCAACUUGGGGCUCUUGUCAGUGGCUGGGAUCCACUCGUCACUCCCUCCUACCGCCGCCCACACGCUGAUUUCCGCCCCGCUCCCCGAUACUACAAACACAUGGUGGGGGUGGGAGGCGGCUGCGGAGGCUGUCUCUCGAGACCCAGAGCCCCAGGUCCCCGCGGCCACCCAGGGGCCCGUCUAGCAGAGCCAGGAGCUGUGCCCUCCUAAAUCCGGCACUGAGCCCGGAUCGCCGGGAAAGCCGAGUGCGAGACCGGGGGUGCCUGUUGUGCUGUGGAGAAGGCCAGGCCCCUGGACUCUUCCUCUCCGUGGUGGCUCCGCACCUCGGCCCCAGGCAGGGCAGCACUCAGGUGCCCCUCACCC